AUGAGCUCCGCACAACCCCACAACAAUGCCGACCAGGCCGUUGAGGCUCAUGAAGAGGACUACGGAUCCGAUCUCGCUAACGACGACAUCCAGGAGGUCGUUCCGGAACACGACGAGGCGGGUGAUGUGCCCAUGGACGACGACAGCGACGACGAGCAGGAUCAGGAUGCUCGGCAUGAAGGACAGCCGACACCCGGCCAGGAAGAGUUUGUCGACACAUCCAUAGCCGCUUUCUACGCGCAUCGCAAGUCGGUCUUCUCUGUCUCGCUUCACCCUUCGUUCCCCAACCCGCCACUGGCGCUCAGCGGUGGAGAGGACGACGGCGGCUGGAUCUGGAACACGCAGGACGGCUCUGAAGUCGUUCGUCUUGGUGGUCACACGGACAGUGUCACGUCCGCCUUGUUCAACGCUGCCGGUGACCUCGCUGCUACGGGUGGCAUGGAUGGCAAGGUUCGCAUCUGGCGCAAGAAGAGCGAUGACUUCAAGACGUGGGAGUUCCUCACCAACCUUGAGGGACCCGAUGAGGUUGUCUGGAUGGAUUGGCAUCCCAAAGGUAGUGUCUUGGCUGCAGGUGGUGCCGAUUCCACCGUCUGGAUGUGGCAGCUGCCCAGCGGUAAAGUCAUGAAUGUCUUUUCCGGCCAUAGCGAUGCAGUCUCGUGUGGAAGCUUCACCCCCGACGGCAAGAGGUUAGUCACUGGCUCCGAUGACGGCACACUCAUCGUUUGGGAUCCCAGGAGUGCCGAAGUCGUCUCUAAGGUGCAGACCCACCUUGACGGCGGUCUCACGCAGCUGGCUGUCUCGCCGGAUGCCCGGGUCGUCGUCAUUGGCGGCGCGGCCGGUGAUGUUCGUGUCAUCAACAUUGGCGCACUCGACAACGGUGGAGCUGCCUCUGUCGUCGCCUCGCUCACUGGGCAUGCCGAAGGCGAAUCGAUCGAGGGUAUCCAGUUUGUCGACGUUGGAGGUGGAAAUCGUACCGGCCACGUUAUCACCGCUUCGACAGAAGGCAAGGCCAUCGUCUGGGACCUCUCCUUGGCCAAGAUGCGCUGCGAAGUUGUUCAUGAUGCGGCUAUCACUGGAAUUGCUCUGCAUCCUGGGACCACCCUCUUCUCGACAUCCUCUGCGGACCACACUAUCAAGACGUGGGAUGCCAGGACUGGUGGCUGUGUGGCUACUCAGCAAGGCUUCACCGACGCCGUGCUCGCGCUGGCCGUUGGAAAGGACGAUGGGUUUACUCAGGGUGCAGAGACAGGCGGCAUCGGCGCCUACACCAACACGGCCAACGCAAAGGGCUGGAAGCUCGUCGGAGCAGGCGACGAAGGUGUGGCUCUCGUGUUCCGUGUCUAG